GAGAUACAUUGAUCAAGAAUAAAAAUAAAUACGUUGAAAAGUGAUUUUCACUAAAAUCGAUUUAGCCAUUUCGGAAUUAAGUGCUAAGUUAGCUACGGUACGAAGUCCACUGCGAACUGAUGACAGCAGCACUCCGAAGUCAGCUACAGGCAAGGAACGAGUUCGUCCGUAAUGUUCGUAUCGCGAAACACGAGUUAGGCUGUUCGGCCAAUGUAUUUUAGUAAACUUCUCGUCGCGCGGUCAUUAGCUAUUUGAUAAGCGUAGCGGCAAGUGAAGUGGCGUGAUUACAGAAAUUCCCUAUAACCCAUAUAAAACACCUGUAGCAUUUAUUUAUUCUUAUAUUCGAUACUUUUAUAUUUAUAAAAGUUCUUAAAUUUUACAAAGUUUUAUAACCAGUUACUAUUUACUCUAAAAAUAUACAAAAUGUCUAACCAUGUGGAAGUAAACAAUAAAGAAAAUGGAGAAAGGAAAUACUUUAACCUCCAGGAAAUGCCGCACAUUGUUAAAGCUCUUGACAGGAAUCAGAAAAUAUAUCCAGACAUCCUGAAUGUGAUUGGAAAUACUCCACUUGUAAAACUCACUAGGAUACCCAAAGAUGAAGGAAUUAAAUGUGACAUGUAUGCAAAAUGUGAGUUUUUGAACCCUGGUGGAUCUGUAAAGGACCGUAUUGCUCACCGCAUGGUGAUUGAUGCUGAAAAGAAAGGGAUAUUAAAGCCCGGCAAGUCUGUUAUUGUAGAACCCACCUCAGGAAACACUGGUAUUGGCCUAGCUCUAGCUGCUGCUGUCAGAGGAUACAAAUGCAUAAUAGUAUUGCCAGAAAAGAUGUCAGAUGAGAAAGUGAACACCCUGAUAGCUUUGGGUGCGGAGACCAUCAGGACCCCUACUGAGGCAGCCUGGGACGACCCUACCAGCAACAUUAUGGUGGCACACAGACUUGCUAAAGAAAUCCCUGAUGCAGUUAUUUUGGACCAGUACAACAACCCUUGCAACCCUCUGGCCCAUUUCGACGGUACUGCUGAAGAGAUCCUGUGGUCGCUGGACGACGACGUGGACAUGGUGGUGAUGGGGGCGGGCACCUGCGGCACCAUCUCAGGCGUCGCGCACAAGAUCAAGGAGCGCUGUCCGCGCUGCGUCGUGGUUGGCGUCGACCCUUACGGCUCCAUACUCGCGCAGCCUGAAGACAUGAACGAAACUGAUGUGCAGAUAUAUGAGGUGGAAGGAAUCGGCUACGACUUUUUGCCGCGCGCUCUUGAUAGAAAAGUCAUUGACAAAUGGAUCAAGACCGAAGACAAGUCGUCAUUGCAAAUGGCGCGCAGACUCAUAAGAGACGAGGGAUUACUAUGCGGUGCGAGCAGUGGUUCAGCCAUGUGGGGUGCACUGCAGGCGGCGCGGUCGCUGAAGGAAGGCCAGAAGUGCAUCGUUUUGCUUCCCGAUAACAUCAGGAACUACAUGACCAAGUUCAUAUCAGACCCAUGGAUGGAAGCCAGAGAUUUCCAAACCCUCGUGAAGAAAGAAAAUGUCCAUUGGUGGGGCAAGCCCGUGACAGAGGAUAUAGUGCAGCCCAUGAAGAGUAUAUCUAACAGCAGCUCUCCGUCCGAAGCUCUGGCCACUCUGAAGGAAAGCGGAGCUUCUGUACUGGCCGUCGUCGAUAAUAAAGGAUCUUUAGUGGGUGUGUUCACCGCGGACAAUGCACGCCGCCGGCUAGCCAACCUGUCAGGCUCCACAUCUGACGGUCUCGAAAAGUUCAUUGUGAAAAAGUUUUACAAAGUGGACCUUUCUCACAAACCCACACUAGGAUUAGUCUCGCGUUUGCUUGAUAUAGCAUCUUACGUAGUUGUGGUGAAGUCAGAUGCAUCAACGAAAAUUGUAAGCUCUGUUGGUAUGUUGAGCUCGGAAGAUUUACUGCUACGUAUCUCCACAGAAAACAAAUAUACUAAUGGUAACUAAGGCUGGAGUGGAUCAAUAUUUACUGACUCAAUAAUAUUUACCUAAUAAAGAUAUUAUGGUAUGCAUUUAAUGUUUAAGAUAUGUCCUUAGCAGUAACUAACCUUAUCAAUUUUGAUAUGAAACUGAACCUAUAUCAAUAAUAGGAUGAAUUGAAAACCUGUUGACUUGUAAAUUUUUGUAAAUAAAAUUGGCAAAGCUAAUAAGCUGCUCAACUAAUACCAGCAUUUAAAUCAUAAGAUAGAAAUAAUGUUUAUACUGAAUGUCACAAUGAAAUAAUUUAUUUAAAAUAUUAAUUAGACAGUAUUAUGUAAACCUCUAUCACAGAAGAAAGUUAUCAAUCAACUGGAAUUAUACUAAACAUUUGGUACUUUAUACUGUAUGCAUUUGAUUAUUUCCUAGAAUGAAAACCAGUGAGAACAUUAUGCAAAUGUUUCAUUAUUCUGCAUCUGUAAUAAAUAAAUGGUAUUAAUAUAA